GGUAAUUUGAAUCUAUUUUACUGUACGUAUUUUGGCUGGUGAUAAUUACUUUUCCAUCAAUGGUCAGGUUCUAGAGACUAUAUAUAUCACGAUUAUGGGAAGAGUAUCCCACAUUCUCACAUUAUGGAAGGAACUUCUCGAACACUUCCUUACACCAUAAGAUUUGUUGGUCUUCUUGGCAGUCAUUCUCUUGGUAGAAAUCCAAAGUUUAUGGCUACUGCAGUAGAUUUAGGAAGAGAAUUGAUAAGGCGAAGAAUUAGUCUUGCUUAUGGAGGAGGCAACGUUGGCCUACAAGGAGCUGUUGCUUCAACAGUCUUUACCAGUGGUGGUCUCGUUAGAAGUUUCAUUCCUGGGUACAUAACAACACGACGGGUCUAUGGACCUACAUACGGCGUAGAGCACAUAGUUUCUGAAAGACGGCUCUAUUCGCUAUCACAUCUCCACUUGGGACGCCUCUUAAGGUGGAUAGCGCGACUCUUGCUUUCUCAAGAGCGUUUGCGAGAUGAUUUCAUGCAAUUCUGUAGGGAGUAUUGGGAAGAAAUUCCUUUUCAUGGAGAAGGUGAAGAUGCUGCAGCUAGGGCUGAGUUGCUUUAUGAGGCUGAUCCUUCUCCAGAGAAUAGAGCCCUUUGCAAUCUUAAGCAAGCUGAACUGGAUGUUAUUUCCAAAAGGAAAUAUGCCUUUUGGAGGCAGAAAUGUAAUGUUAAAUGGCUUCAGGAUGGUGAUGCCAACACUAAAUUUUUUCAUAACCUUGUGAAGGAGAAGAGAAGAAAGCAAAGGAUCUCCACUCUGACUAAUGACCAAGGCCAAACUAUUGAAGACACUGCCUCUCUUGAGGCCAUGGUGGUGGAGCACUAUAAGAAUCUUUUUAAUUCUCAUGAACCCAUGCCCUCCCAUGAAGUCUCGCCUAAAUUAAUUAACCUAACUCUCAUCACCUACGAAUCGUAUGACCUAAUUCUCCUAAUUGAUCACCGGAUUGAGUGAAUUCAGAUUGAUUCCUUCGAUCGUUCAGCUCUCUGUCCUGCGACCAGAUUCUUUCGUUCAACAGCAUCUUCAAUCGUGCGUCUUCAAUCGAUCGUUCAACUCUCUGUUGUGCGUCCAGAUUGUUUCGUUCAACAGCGUCUUCAAUCGUGCGGCCAGAUUGUUUCGUUCAACAGCAUCUUCAAUUCUCAAUCGUGCGGCCAGAUUCAACCGUUCAUAUCAGCAUCCUUCCUCUUCACAAUUGUUCCGCCCCUUCUUCCAUUCAGGCAGUUUGAAGGGUGUAGGUGAACCUCUUGAUUGUCCUUCACUGUCAAAUUUGUGAUAUCGUAAUAAUGCGGUGCAAUGUCAAUCAACUAUUCUCCUCUGAUAUCAGUCACGGCAGUUUGAAGGAUGUAGGUGAACCUCUUGAUUGUCCUUCGCUGUCAAAUAGUGACCAGUGCGUUCCAUAUGUGCCACCUGCAUGAAAUAGCCUGCCAACAUGGCCUUUCUUAUGUUGAUGUAGUAGUCACGGCUGUUGGAGUCGGUGCUACAUAGCUUGAGGUUGAAUCUAGCCAUAAUGCGUGCUAGUUGCUGCCUUACAUUGUCUGCAGACUUGAGAGCCCUGUGAUUGAUGAAAUUCUCAUAGCACCACUGUGGAUCCUCCUGAUUUUGCUUGUAGGCAUGGUAUACAUUCAGCAGCGUGAGGUGAUCUCCAUCAAUGUGACUAAAACGACCCUUCGCUUCGUACGCAGCGUGAGGUGAUCCCCAUCAAACAAAGAGGGAUCAUAGUAAUUUCACUAUGAUUGUGAACAAGUUAGGAGAAGGUGGAUAUAGGGCAUGUACUCCCAUGCAUGAUAAUGCAUGUAAUGAGCAGAGGGCUAUUGAAAAACAGAAAAUGCUUAUACAAAGAAAUAGAAAUCCUAGUAUUUUUGAUGGAACGACCAAGGAAGACGGUGAUUAUGGUACUUGUAAUCCAAUGCCUCCUAAUGCAUCUACUUAGGAAAGAGCUACAGAAAAACAAAAAAUUUCCAUGAAAAAAACAUACUUCAUGUGAGUUGAAUUUAUCUACUAAAAUUUGGAUGUUGGUUAAUUAGGUCCAGGUGGCUAUUCUUGAUUCUAGUGUAUCACUCUAUCGUGAAUCGAAUCUGUGUUGUCUUAUAUAUGUCACUAAGCUAAGGCCUAUGCAUGUUGUCAAAGUGGUUUACUGUCAAUGG